AUGGAACAAAAGCAAGCACCUAAGACAGGCACAGGUAGAGGAUUUGGCAGAGGCAAGCCUGAAAGAAGACAAGGCGACCGUCCACCACGCAGAGGCGACGCUCCUAAAGAAAAGGAAGCCUGGACUCCUCUCACCAAAUUAGGCAGACUUGUAAAGGCAGGAAAACUCAAGAAAAUCGAAGAGAUUUUCCUCCACUCAAUUCCUAUCAAGGAGACUGAAAUCGUGGAGCACUUCUUAGGCGACAAGCUGAAAGAAGAGCUUAUGAGAAUCAAGCCAGUCCAAAAGCAGACACAAGCCGGACAAAGAACCAGAUUCCAAGCUUGUGUGAUCGUCGGUGACUUAGACGGGCACAUAAAUAAAAAUGGCGUGGUGAGCCAACCUGACCUCUUAAAACCUGCCACCAGAUGGGAGUUUGGGAACCUUGUGGAAGGGAGGGCAGAUUUCGGUAUGUGUAUCUGGCCGGGUUUACUUGGCCUGGUGAGCUCAAUGUCGGGCUGACCGAUCUCAGGCUCACAUCAAAAAAGUUUAAACCCCGAUGAGUAUUAAACUUGGAAGAUGAAAGGGAUAGCCCGGCAAGGCCAUAGGGCAUCGGAUUGGCCAAUCGGGCAUUUUCCCGGCGCGAUUCUUGGAGUUGCGCCUGGGCUAUAAGUUUCAUCUAGAUCGAUAACCUGACCAGAAACUCUCUAUCGAAUUUUUGUGAAAAGGUAGCCUCAUCAUCAUACGGCGCGAUUACCCAGCGUCUUUAGCUUUGGGCAAUGAGUGCUGGAGGAAGCAGCACUAGCCUUAGGGCUGUGGAAUAAUACUGGCGAGCAAGGGGUAGUGCGGAGUAAGGGACAUGAAAAGCUUUUUCAAGCUGGCUGGGAAUAAUCUAGGUUAAGUUAAGACUUAGACGGACACAUUGGAAUUGGCAUGAAAGUCGCUAAGGAAGCUCCAACUGCCAUCAAAGGAGCAGCCCAGCUUGCCAAGCUCAACAUUGUGCCAGUCAGAAGAGGCUAUUGGGGAAACAAAAUCGGAAACCCUCACACAAUUGCCAUGAAGGUGACAGGAAAAUGCGGAAGCGUAAGGAUGAGACUUGUCCCAGCACCAAGAGGAACUGGCAUUGUGGCUCCACCAGUGGCUAAGAAGAUUUUGAACUUAGCUGGAGUUGGCGAUGUAUAUACCUCGACGGCUGGAAAGACGAGGUCAACCUACAACUUUGUAAGAGCCACUUAUGAUGCCCUUUCUAAGACAUUUGAGUUCUUGACUCCAGACCAGUGGAAGCCAACUUACUUCUUGAAGACUCCAUUUGACGAGCAUCAGGACUUUUUAAGAAGCCAAGGUGCUGAGAAGACUUUAACAGUUUAA